AUGGAUAGUUUAAUAUCAAAGUAUCGCAAUGAAAUCGUAAAUGCUGUGGAAACGCACAAUACAGUGCUGAUUUCUGGUUAUCCAGAUUCUUAUAUGUCUACAUAUGUCCCAUACUACCUAUACAAGUCCAGAUUUACUAGAAGAGGGAUAUGCAAGGCUAAUCCAGCACAGAUUUGUGUAGUUUGCACGAGAAAGGUGGAGGCAAUCUCGAAUAGUGACUCAUGCUCUACCCUUUUGAACUCAAAAACGAGAGUCACGAAUAUACUUGGAUUUGACUCUGAGCAUGACAAAACUGCCGAUAUAGUGUAUACUACCGACGAAGUUCUACUGAGGAAGAUUCUCGUAGAUCCUCUCUUGUCUGAUUUUGGGGUUAUUAUGAUCGCAAAUGUGCAGGAUAGACUUCUUAAUGUGGAUUUAGCCAUCGGAUUGUUGAAGAGAAUUUUGAGUAUACGGUCUCGUUUGAGGGUAGUAUUAUUCCUCCAGUCAGCUAGUGUAAAGCAUAUGCUAAAGUAUUUCAAGAGGGUCAAAACAGAGACAUCGAAAGAGAUAACUUUGGGUGAUGUAUAUCAUGUUAAUAUGAUUAGCAAUCAUCCUUCCUAUCAAAUUCAUUACCUUUCGCAUCCUGCUUCAAACUAUUUGGAUGCCAUUAUUUCAACAGUAUGGGACAUCUGUAAGAAUGAAAAAUUGGGAAAUAUAUUGAUUUUCGUUCCAUCACUCUCAGAUUUGGAAUUGAUAACUGCAGAAUUACAGGAUUUUACAAAGAGGCCAGCUUUGGUUUCUAAAUCACCUAUAAAUAUUAUACCAAUGCACAAUGGUGAGUUUUUACCUUUCAUUGCAUAUGAUUCAGAUGUUUCAAUUCAAAAACUAUCGGUUGAUGUAAAUAAAAGAAAUAUAUACAUUUGUACGAAUGUUUUAGACUUCAAAUUUAAUAUGGGUGAUGUUUCAUAUCUUAUAGACACAUGUCUGUCAAAGAGAAUUACAUUUGACUAUACAAACUUGUGUUCAAAGACGUCUAUAAUGAACUCCACUAGAGAGGAGAUAAAGAGGAGGAGUAGUUUGAUCAAGGGUAUGAACGGAAAGUGUUUUAGAUUAUUGACUGAAAAGGCUUUUAGCAAUGAUGAGGUAAUUUCUGAUGCAGUAACACCAGAAAUAAGCACAAGAGAUUUGACUAUGAUGGUACUAUUGAUAAAAUCUCUUGGAGUUGGUCGUUUAUCUGACUUUGAGUUUAUUACAAAGCCUUCUGUGGACGCAUUAGAAUAUGCACUAACUAUUUUGUAUCUCUUAAAGGCUAUUUAUUCCGACGGCGAACUAAUAUAUCCUGCUGGCAAUGUUAUGGUAGAACUAUCUUGCAGCCCAUAUUUGGCAUCAUUUGUUUAUCAGAGCGUAGAGAGGGGAUGUUCAGAGGAGGCACUGAUAAUAUACGCAAUGCUACAAGCUAAAGAAUAUAUAUGGAAAAAUGUCCAUAAUAAAUCGCAGUUCCAUACGGAAAAGUUGGAUGCUGCAAGAUUAAGCUUUGCGGCGAGUGAGGGAGAUCUUAUAUCUUACUUUAACUUAUUCCAGCUUUCUCUAUACUAUAAGGAUGAAGAUGAAACAUGGUUAUCUAGGCAUAUGAUUGACAAAAAAGGUAUUAGAAUUGCUCAAAAGGCACUUUCAACUGCAAGAUCAGUGUUUGACCGAUAUCAGUUACAGACGGCUAGUUGCGGAGAAAAUGUCGAUCUCGUUGUAAAGACCAUAUUUUCGGCGUUUUUCCUAAAUGUUGCGUGCAAGGAACAAUUUGUUAAAAACAUUUGGAAUUCUAGACAAGUUGUGCGCCGGACUGAGGUAAAAUCGAAUCUGGUUGAUGAGGAUGGAAAUCCAAUUAUUCCAGAUGAACCUCAGCCUUACGUUCUUAUUAGAGACAUGAAUAAGAGCAUGUACACACAACUCUACAUUGAUCCCUCUUCCUUUGUGACAAAUGAUCAGCCAGACUGGAUAGUAUUUAACGAGGUUUAUGAAGUAGAGGGAAAGGUAUUUAUGCAGGAUGUUACGAGUAUAAAACCAGAGUACCUCCAAGAGCUUGUUCCGCAUUACUUUGGAGAUUCAGACGUUAAACCGUACCUUUGA